CGAGUAGAUCGCUUGGCGGUAGUCCCGCCCAAACACCUUAUAACAGCCCUCACCUGCCCCCUUAUCGCGAACAUGCAAAGUGACUGAACGCAGGCGAAUACCGCGCCCCAGCUGAUUACUCAUGGCGCGCUCCCACCCGCAUAUCACAGCGCGAUCCUUCGGCUACAUCGACCCCAACUUCCCCAACCCCAACGGGCCCAACGACACCUCGAUCAUCAUCUACGGCUACACGCCCUCGCUCGCGCUCGCCGCCUUCGCGGCCACCUGGUUCUUCGUGCAUCUGGUCGCGCACACCGUCCAGACGAUCCGCCACCGCAGCUGGUGGUGGCUCCCCUUCUCGGUGGGCCUGGUCUUCGAGAUCGUCGGGUACAUCGCGCGGGCGCUGUCCGCGCGCCAGGACCCGUACAACCUGAUCUACUUCGUGCUCAACUACUUCUUCAUCGUCACGGCGCCCGUGUUCCUGGCCGCGGGGAUCUACACCAUCCUGUCCGGGCUGAUCCGGCUCCUCGGCCGGCAGCACGCCCUCCUACCGCCCCGGGUGAUCCUGUGGUUCUUCAUCGCCUCCGACGUCGUCUCGACCGUCGUGCAGAUCGCCGGCGCCGUGCUGGUCGGCGUGCGCGAGUCGCGGCGGCAGGACCCCUCCGUCGCCAACCAUAUCCUGUUGGGCGGGCUGGCGUACCAGGUCUUCGCGAUGACGGUGUUCAUUGCCGUGGCGGCGGGGUUUCUGGUCCGCGCGAGGGGGCUGAUUUGGACGGCCGCGCGGAAGGGGGAGGGGCCGCCCCGGUAUGGCGUGUUCUGUGGGGUGUUUGGGCUGGCCACGCUGCUGGUGUAUCUGCGCACCAUCUUCCGGUUGGCGGAGACGGCGCAGGGGCUGGGCGCCACGCUGGCGACCCAUGAGGUCUACUUUGCGUGCUUGGAGUUCGCGCCUAUCGCCGCCGUGGUGUUGUUGUUUGCCGUCUGGCAUCCGGGCAGGUGUGUCGGGGCCACGAUUGGGGGCACGGCGGGGUCGUUGAGGGUGAGGUCUUAUGGGUUUUGAUGUUUCGUGUUGGUGAAUUUGUCGGGGCAAAGGGUUGGUUGGACAUAUCACGGUUGUUUGAGUCCUCUUCAGCAAUGAGAUGAUGAAGUCUUGAGAUUCAUGCCUAUUAAAUCGUGUUCGAGGACCUGCAGGAUAGCUAGGCGGGCUGUCUAACUGGCGCAGUACUCGUUGAUAAGAAUAGAAUGAAGACCAGACUCCUUUGACAGACGAUUGCAGUGCAUGGAGUAUCAUGCCAACGCGCCACUGGACCACUACGGAACGUUGGCGGUGGAAUCAAGUGCUUCCAAUGGCAUAGUAGAGCGUACUCAAGCCAAACAUAUCUACUUUGAUUGAUG